AUGGCAAUAUUCAAGAAACAGACUCUGAAAACGAAGAAUGAGAAGACGAGGGCGGCUGAAUUAACGCUUCGGCAGUCAAUAUACCCGCUCGCUUUGGUGACCAUUCUGUUCUUUUUAUGGGGUUUCUCAUAUGGUCUUCUCGAUACCUUGAACAAACAUUUCCAGAACACACUUGGAAUUACGAGAGCUAGGUCUUCUGGACUUCAAGCUGCCUAUUUCGGCGCAUAUCCUCUUGCCUCUCUCGGUCACGCAAAUUGGAUCCUCAGACAUUAUGGCUACAAGCCAGUGUUCAUAUGGGGUCUCUGCCUCUAUGGCGUAGGAGCGCUUGUCGCUUGGCCGUGUAUUUUGCAUCGCUCUUUCGGAGGUUUCUGUGCUGCCAUUUUUAUUAUUGGCAAUGGAUUGGGGUCUCUGGAGACAGCUGCCAAUCCAUACAUCACUGUGUGCGGUCCACCUCGAUACGCUGAAAUGCGAAUCAAUAUCUCUCAAGCAUUCAACGGAAUCGGAACAGUCGUCGCUCCCGUCUUGGGUUCAUAUGUCUUCUUUCUGAAAACAGCAGAUGAUACGCAAGCUUUGAAGAAUGUGCAAUGGGUAUACCUAGCAAUCGCUUGCUUCGUCUUCUUGCUUGCCAUUGUGUUUUAUUUCUCACCGAUCCCUGAAAUCACAGACGCAGACAUGGCUUUCCAAGCAGAAGAAACACACGCAAACGACGACAUCAAGCCUUUCCGCAAACAAUAUCGACUCUUCCAUGCGGCAUUCGCUCAAUUCUGCUACACAGGAAGCCAGGUAGCAAUUGCGUCAUAUUUCAUCAACUAUGUUACUGAAACGCGCGCAAAUACCGAUUCUUCUCUCGGUGCGAAAUUUCUUGCUGGUGCUCAAGGUGCUUUUGCUUUGGGUCGAUUCACAGGUGUAGGCUUGAUGAAAUACAUCCGGCCGAGAUGGGUUUUCUUGUUUUACUUGACGAUGUGUAUCAUUUUCAUCGCUCCCUCAAUCACGCAAAGAGGAAAUACGGGCAUGUCGAUGCUUUACAUAACCCUCUUCUUCGAGUCGAUCUGCUUCCCAACCAUCGUCGCACUAGGCAUGCGAGGACUGGGCAAAUACACCAAGAGAGGCUCAGGGUUCAUCAUUGCUGGCGUCUCUGGAGGCGCUUGUGUGCCUCCUUUGCUAGGAGCAGCAGCAGAUGCAAAUAACUCGACAGCAAUAGCGAUGAGUGUCCCUCUGGCUUUCUUUGUGGCAGCUUGGAGUUACUCUUUGUGCGUUAACUUCGUGCCGAGCUAUCGUGAUCCUGCAGAUAAGUUUUUGACGACGAAAAUUGGAAUUGAGGGUGCCGGUGCCGGAGUAGUUGAAGAUGAGGAGAGUGGUGUUGGAAGUGGCCCAGAGAAGGCAGGUGUUGUGGAGAAAGAAAAUAUUGGUGAGCAUGUUGACAACAGUCCCGAGGUCAAGAUAGGGUGAUAUGAUAAGUACGG